AUUCACUAUAGAUAACUGCGUUACAAACUUUCCAAACGAGGGAAAAUUAUUCUCUAGGUCGGCUUUUAGGUGUAUGUAAUCAGCUGUUAAUAUGAACAAAGAACUCACCUAACGUUCAAAAUAAAGGAUUGAGAAAAAUUUAACGCAAACUGGAUUACUACAUAAUGGAUCUUCCUGCUGACCCCCCUAAGUAUCAAUCCCUUUUCCGUGAUGUAAAUGAUGUAAAUCCAAAUGCAGACGACACAACUGAGAAACAGGAAGUUUCAAGGAAAUCUAGUUUAAAUGACAAGGAGAUACCUACAGAAGAUAAACUAAAGCUUACCUAUACAGUCGGUGAUGCUGUAGAAGCUUCUGGUUUCGGGUGUUUCCAGAUAAAGUUGUUCGUAUUGUGUGGUGCUAUAUCAGCUGCGGAUGCUAUGGAAAUGCUGUUACUUUCGGUACUUGGACCAGCGCUAAGAUGUUAUUGGUUGCUAUCAUCAGGACAGGUAGCCGCAAUAACCACAGUUGUUUUCGCUGGAUUUCUGUGUGGAGCUCCUUUAUGGGGUUUUAUUGCAGAUAGAUUUGGUCGUUGGCCGACAAUGUUGAUUGUCUUAUCAAUGAUAAGCUACUUUGGAGUUUUAACAAGUUGUGCACCAAAUUAUCCAUGGGUUAUAAUCUUACGACUGAUCGUUGGGUUCGCUAUUGGUGGUGCUAAUAGCAGCUUUACAUUAUUGUCUGAAUUUCUGACUGUUAAACAUCGUGCCAAAGUUCUACUGGCUUUUAAUGUGUUCUGGGCGUUUGGAAGUACAUUCGAAGUUGGUUUGGCCUACCUGAUUCUGCCAAGAUUCGGUUGGAGAUGGCUAGUAUUCGCUUCAGCACUACCAUUAAUGAUUUUCUUAAUUUUAAUGAAAUUUCUGCCUGAGUCUCCAAGAUUUCUUGUUAGCGCUGGAAAAAUUGAAGAAGCUGAACGUAUAAUUGCAGAUUUAUUUCGAGCUAAUCGAGUUGCGCCAUUACAAGGCACUCUAGUAUCAACUGCUGUACCUGUAAAGGAUCGAGGUAGCAUAAAGGGAAUGUUCGGUAAAGAUUACUUGGUGACGACACUUAUGCUACCAGUCAUUUGGUUCAGUGCAGCAUUCUGUUAUUAUGGUAUUGUUCUUUUAAGUGCUGAAAUAUUUCGUAUUAGACACGCUUGUUUUGGAGAAUAUGUUCAAACUCCAGAUUAUCAUGGUAACUGGAGUCAAGGUCAUGUUCCGCCUCUUUUAGAAGCUCCACGUCAACUCGAUAACUCUUGUUGUAAAGAUUUGUCACAUGAUGAUUAUGUGGCUAUGCUAAUUUCUUCGAUUGGGGAAUUUGUUAGUAUACCAUUGAUGAUUCUUAUGGUUGACUUUGUGGGAAGAAAAAUUACCAUGGCUAUAUGGAAUGGACUUAUAUCUAUCCUUUUCAUGCUACUCUAUCUGUGUAUGCCUAAAUUGGCCAUGACAGCUUUGUUGUUUGUGUUGCGUGCACUCUCUGCCGGUUUAUUCAGUCUUUCAUAUGUUUAUACUACUGAGGUUUAUCCAACAACUGUUCGAGCAGUAGCUGUCGGCACCUUCAGUUCAAUUGCUAGACUAGGUGCUAUGGUCACACCUUAUGUAGCUCAAGUAAUGAUGCCGGAAGUAUCACAGAUUGGAGCCUUGUGCUUGUAUGCUGCUAUAACUGCACUAGUCUCAUUGCUGUCAAUUUUCCUGCCAAUAGAAACAAAAGGACGUCAGCUACCGAGUUCCCCUAUUACAGUGCCAUCAGAGGAGACUCCAUCUCUUCAAGUUGCUAAAUAAAUCGCCUUCUUUUGGGGUAGAAAACAAUAUGAUCUUGGUGUUUCAUCAGUCUGUUCGGUGUGUUGCUGUUUUUUUUCUUCAUUAUAUUUCAAAGGAAUACAAUUCAUGCUAGUUUCAGCUAGUGUGUCAGAAGAUCUCGUUCUUUUCUUUUCAUAAUUUUCUUACAAUGUAAUAUCAACAGAGAUUUAUCUAUGUUCUUUUUUUAUCGCUCUUUACUACAAAGUGAUAUUUUAAAAAAUAAAUAUGAAGUUGACCGUUGAAAUAAUAAUCUUAAUUCUCAUUACCAAACAACACUGAGUUGUUUAUUGUUGUUUUUGUUUUUGGAAUAGAUUUUGUUCAAUUGUGCCUGUGUUUUUCCUCCUCAAAAAAAUGGUUUCCUCUUAAAAACUUGUUCUUUACUGUUCCGUCUUGUUCCGUGCUAUUUUUCUUGUUCAUGCUGUUGUUGUUAUUGUUCCCUCUGUCUUGCCUUUUCUGAUAACUGUGAUUGUGAACCCUUAGACUGCAUAUUACUAUGUGAUCAUCUUACUCUGGACCAACUGUUUCUCUUUUUCUGUUGUUUUAUUUUGAUGGGUUUCCCUUUUGUAUCACUGUCAUAUUUGUAUUAUUUUUCUCUCUUUGUGUGUUCUUGCAAUUCCCUUUGAUGACUAUACAACAGAGAUACCAUGUUAACGACAGUAAUAAUAACGAUGAUGAUGAUGAUAAUAAUAAUUAUAAUAAUAAUAUUUUCUUGUUUUUGUAGAAUAAAAAAAUAUUUCGAUUUCCUUCUUCCCACUUGUUGUGAAAUUGUGAAUUUUCUCAUAAUCUGAGCUGAAGUUCACUGAUAUACUUCUCCCAAGACCUAA